AGAGCGGCCCGCCCAGGUGCGCCGAGGGUUGGGCCGGAGUCCGGAAGGUGCGCCGCUCCGCUCCGCGACGUCCCCUCGGCCACCCCCCGCGUGAAAGUGAAAGUGUCAGGCCCCUGAGGUCGGGCACAGGGGGGCGGGGCCCGCGCGGACCUGGGAGCAGGCUCCCGGCGCUCGAGGGGCCAUGGACGGGCUCAGCCGCCGCCUCCGAGCCAGCCUGAGACUGAAGCGCAGCCGCCGGGCACCUUCCCUGGACAACGUAGGGGCCGUGGGAAAGGAACCAGAAAGGACGCAGGAGUACAGUUUAUCCAACUUUGGUGGAGGACAACACUUCUUUGAAUACCUUGUCGUGGUUUCCCUCAAAAAAAAGCGCUCAGGAAAUGAUUAUGAGCCCACAAUCACCUACCAGUUUCCCAAGAGGGAGAACCUGCUUCGGGGCCAACAGGAGGAGGAGGAGCGACUGCUUGGAGCCAUCCCUUUGUUCUGCUUCCCAGAUGGGAACGAGUGGGUCCCACUCACUGAGUACCCCAGGGAGACCUUCUCCUUCGUGCUGACCAACGUGGAUGGGAGCAGGAAGAUUGGAUACUGCAGGCGCGUCUUGCCAGCUGGCGGUGGCCCUCGCCUCCCUAAGGUCUACUGCAUCAUCAGCUGCCUCGGCUGCUUCGGCUUGUUCUCCAAGAUCCUGGAUGAAGUGGAAAAGCGGCACCAGAUCUCCACGGCUGUCAUCUACCCGUUCAUGCAGGGCCUCCGAGAGGCGGCCUUCCCCGCUCCUGGAAAGACUGUCACCCUCAAGAGCUUCAUCCCUGACUCAGGCACAGAGUUCAUCUCACUCACGCGGCCCCUGGAUUCCCACCUAGAACACGUGGAUUUCAGAUCUCUGUGGAAGUGUCUCCAUUUCGAGCAGAUCCUUCAGAUCUUUGCCUCUGUGGUGAUGGAGAGAAGAAUCAUCUUCCUGGCAGAAGAUCUCAGCACCCUGUCUCAGUGUAUCCACGCGGCCGCCGCACUGCUCUACCCUUUCAACUGGGCCCACACCUACAUCCCUGUUGUCCCCGAGAGCCUCCUGGCCACUGUCUGCUCCCCCACUCCCUUCAUGCUUGGAGUACAGAAGCGCUUUCUGCAGGACGUGAUGGACAACCCCAUGGAAGAGGUCCUGUUGGUGAAUCUCCAUGAAGGAAUCUUCUUAAUGUCAGUUGGUGAUGAAAAUGACAUCCUACCACCCAAGCUUCAGGAUGAGAUCUUAGAAUGCCUUGGCCAGGGCAUCAAUGGUUCACAGACUUUAGAACAAAUCAACGAGCACGUGUCAAGUCCUUUUGUGAAGUUCUUUGUGAAGACUGUGGGUCACUACACUUCCUACAUCAAGAGGGAAGCGGAUGGGCAAGGCCACUUCCAAGAACGGGCCUUCUGCAAGGCAGUAAACUCCAAGACCAUCCGGCGAUUUGUGAAGAAGUUUGUGAAGACACAGCUCUUCUCCCUCUUCAUCCAGGAAGCCGAGAAGAGCAAGAACCCUCCAGCAGGCUAUUUUCAACAGAAAAUACUUGAAUUUGAGGAACAGAAGAAACAGAAGAAAUCAAGAGAAAAGACUGUGAAAUAAGCAUUGCUGAAUAGGACUGAUUCAACCUGUAGGCCAGUUUUGGACUUUGGCCCCUGCCAGCUGCCAGGAUCCACGAAGCUCUCAGCCUCCAGAAUCCAUGGCUUUCUUCGGACUCCUGGGCAGCCAGGAGUCACACAUCCAGCUGGUGUCUAAGUUUGGAUGCUGGAGUUGGCUUUCUCAGGACUUUGGAAGGCUCCAACUUGGUACAGAGUUGGGUCCGAAGCUGCAUUUCCGCGUAGGUGACACAGAGCAGAUCAUGUGUGUGUUCUAGCGCUUAGUUAGAAGUUGCUGCAACUGUCCUUUCCCAGGAACCACUACUACAAAAUCCUCAACUGAGAAAACAGUUGUGACCUAAAGGCUCAGUCUCGUCACAUAAAGUAAGAGUUCUGUGAACCUGUGAGGAUAAGA